GGCACGGCCAGGACCGGCGGGCCCGGGGCCCGCUCCCCGCUGCGGAUGCGCUUGGAUGGGGGACACCGACGGGUCCCCGGGGCCGCCAAAGGGUCCCCAGGACCACCGUGCCGAGGGAGAGGAGGUGUUUCCCGCUCUCCCAGCGGUGUUUGGCUCAGGGGCAGCCGGGCAGGAGCGGCACCUUUGGGCGCUGUCCCCAGCGCUGAGGGUGGCCCUGCCCAAUCCCGGUGGGAAGCGGCUCAGCAUUCCCAGCUCGGCUCCUCAGGGCAGGCAGCGCCACCUCGGUGGUAUCCCAAAGGCAGGAGGUGCUGUCCCGUGCUCCCAUCCCUCAGGGACAAUCAGGGACAGUGUGUGGCAUCUUCCCCCCUCCGUGCGCUCCCUUGGCCCCCGGCACAGCCACCGGACCCGGCGACGGCACCGCCACCUGAUGCCGAGAAAAGUUGGGGAAAGUCCGGAACUUUAGGGAUUUAGGGAAAAUCGGAGCUCUGCCGGGCUCUGCGGGGCUCCAGGCCGGGGUGGGGGUCUCAGUGAGACCCUUCACUGCUGGCAGCGCCGCACCUCUGAUGGAGGGUGCCGGCUGUGGCUCCGUCCGGCGUUCCCAGUCCCUGCUCCGCUUCUCCGCGCUGGGCUGCGGCAGCCGGGGGGUCCCGGGCGCUCGGGGACAGCUCGGUGACACUGCCCGUUCGGCGGGAGGCUGCUGCGCUCCAGUGGGGCGCUGGGAAGCAGGAGGGAAGGAAAGGCGAGGAAAAGCGGGAGCGGCGCGGCCUCCAGCAGUCCCCGCGCUGGGAACCCGGACAGACGGACGGGACGGAGCAAGGAGGCAGGGACAGGGUUAAGGGGACGUGGCGGAGCGCCCUGUUCUCCAGCAUCCCCCUGGCGCAGCUCCGCCGGGGUCGGGGUGCCCGGGGCUCCGUGCCGAGGGUCGGGCGAUGCCGGUGCCAGGGGAUCCGUGCGGGCACGGGCACGGGCACGGGCACGGGCACGGGCACGGGCACGGGCAGGGCGCGGCGCCGCCUGGCACGGCGCUGGAGGAACUCGCGCCUCCAGCUGGCGCGGGGCCGACAGGAGCCAGAUUUAGUUUCCUGUGACUGAGAGGUUGUAAAUUGAACUAAUUUAGGAUUCGAUAGGAAAACGAAAGGAGGUCGGCGGCAGUGCGGAGGGGGGGCGGCAGCGUCCGGGCAGUGCCUUUGGCCCCGACCGCGGGGCUCCGUCCAUCCCAGCUCUCCGCUCCCCUCCACUCUCCUUUCCCUCCUCUCUCUCUUUCUCCCACCUUUCGCUCUUUCUUCACCUCCUUUUUUUUUGUUUUUUUUGGAGCUGUCUAUCCCUCCCCGCUCCUCCUCUGUCCCCGCUGCUGGCACUGCACGAUGGCACCGCUUCGGGACGGGGACAGGGUCGGGGGCUGCCGCUCCAGGCCACCCCUCGGUGCCGGGCAGUGGUCCCGGGAGGUCUUUCCUCCCCUGAUCUCGUGGCCUCGAGCUCCCCGGGCUGCCGUGGGCGAUCCGGCGCGGCUGCAUGGGCUGUGCCACGCAUGUGCUGCAUGGCCAGCGCCGCUUCCUUGGGGCAUCCCCUGCUCUCUGCGCUCCGCCGCCCGCACGAAGCCCGUGCGCCCAGGGCUCUGUGCCCCACCAGAGCUGCGUCCGUAGCCCCCAACCCCAUGAUCUCCCGCCCCGGUUGGAGCCUGGCUUGGCCCUGGGUUCGCCUCGCUGCAAUGUCACCACCCCGGGGGUUCGGCGAUGCGGGACUCGCCCUUCCCGCAGCGCCCAGCACGGAGGGGCAGGGCCGCCGAGCCCCCGCGGCGCUGGGCUGGGCUGGGCUGGGCUGGGAGGGACCGGGGCGCUGGGAUGGGCUGGCUGGCAGCACGUGAGCGGGCGCCACGGGAUUUGCCUCCCCGCAGCAGCCUCAUUAUCCCGCAGAGCAGGUCGGCCGGCGUGCUGGGCAGGCGCUGGCGGAGCGGCGGCCGCGGGAGCGGGUGGGCAUCCGGCCCUGGCGAGCCCCCCGGGAGGCAGGAUGGUGGCGGCCCGAGCCCCCCGCGCCGCCGGCAGGGCCGAGCCGCGGGCGAGAGGCGGAGGAUCCGGGCGCUGCCCCCGCUGGCUCCCGCCGGAGCGCUCCCUGCGCUGGGGCAUCUUCUCUCUAACUCUCUUCUUUUCCUUCCUCCAAUUUUGCCCCUUCACCUUCUUCUCCUUUCUCUCCUCUCCUCUACCCUUCCUCUCCCUAAGUUUCGAGGACUCCACCCUGUCCACAGCCACUACCCUUGAGUAUAUCCCCACCUCAGCAGGCGAUCCCAAAUUCCAGAGGCCCCGCACGCUCGUGCGCCAGCAAAGUCUGCAGCAGCCCCUGAGCCAGCACCAGCGCGCCAACCACAGCCAGCCCACCACCAGCCAGAGCCUGGGCCACCUGCAGGCCCACAGCGGCUCCCCCGCCUCCGCUGCCAGCUCCCGGGGCUCCCGCGGCGGCGGCCCGGCGCGCCAGGGCACGGCCGCCGGCUCCAAGACACGGAUGGCCGGGGGCAGGAGCCGCUCCAACCCCGGCAGCUGGGACCACGUGGUGGGGCAAAUCCGCAACCGCGGCUUGGACAUGAAGUCCUUCCUGGAAGGCCGGAUGGUGGUGCUAUCCCUGGUUCUGGGACUCUCAGAGCAAGAUGACUUUGCCAAUAUUCCCGACCUGCAACCCGCUGGGACGCAGCCGAACCAGGCGAACGCUCAGGGGGACAAGAGGUUGCCGGCCGCUGGGAAGGCUGGGAACGCGGCACCGGCACCGGGGCAGCCGCCGCACGAUGAGUCCGACCGCAAGACGGAGCCGCACUCCUCCGUCUCCGACCUGGUCAAUUCCCUGACCAGCGAGAUGCUCAUGCUCUCCCCGGGCUCCGAGGAUGACGAGGGCCACGAGGGCGUCAGCCGGGAGAACCUGGGCCGCAUCCAGUUCAGCGUCGGCUACAACUUCCAGGAGUCCACCCUGACCGUGAAGAUCAUGAAGGCGCAGGAGCUGCCGGCCAAGGACUUCAGCGGCACCAGCGACCCCUUCGUCAAGAUCUACCUGCUCCCCGACAAGAAGCACAAGCUGGAGACCAAGGUCAAGAGGAAGAACCUCAACCCGCACUGGAACGAGACCUUCCUCUUCGAAGGGUUCCCCUAUGAGAAGGUGGUGCAGCGGGUGCUGUACCUCCAGGUCCUGGACUACGACCGCUUCAGCCGCAAUGAUCCCAUUGGAGAGGUGUCCAUCCCGCUCAACAAGGUGGACCUGACCCAGAUGCAGACCUUCUGGAAGGACCUGAAGCCCUGCAGUGAUGGCAGUGGAAGCCGUGGGGAGCUGCUGCUGUCACUGUGCUACAAUCCCUCAGCCAAUUCCAUCGUGGUGAACAUCAUCAAGGCAAGGAACCUCAAAGCCAUGGACAUCGGGGGCACCUCAGAUCCCUACGUGAAGGUGUGGCUGAUGUACAAGGACAAGCGGGUGGAGAAGAAGAAGACGGUGGUGAUGAAGAGGUGCCUGAACCCCGUCUUCAACGAGUCCUUCGCCUUCGACAUCCCCACGGAGCGGCUGCGCGAGACCACCAUCGUCAUCACCGUCAUGGACAAGGACAGGCUGAGCCGCAAUGACGUCAUCGGCAAGAUUUACCUGUCCUGGAAGAGCGGUCCCGGCGAGGUGAAGCACUGGAAGGACAUGAUCGCCCGCCCGCGGCAGGCGGUGGCACAGUGGCACCAGCUGAAGGCCUGAGCGCCCCCGCUCCGGGGGCUCGGGGUCCCCCUUGCCAGCCCCCGGCCCCUUCCCGCGGCGCUCCCGGCCCGGGACCGGCGGGACAGCGGCCUGGCUGGCGGGAACCCCGCGGGAGGACGGGGACGGAGCCCCCCGAGCCCCGGGUUCGCCUCUCCCUGGGGCGCGGGGCUGCGGAGCCGCCCCCAGCCCCGGCCGAGGAGGUGCCAGAAGCGAUGUCCCCCCAUCCCUAUUCCCACCACCGGGCAGGACUUCUGCGAGUGCUUCCAGCCCCGCUCCCGGAGCCCCUCGGCCCCUCCCCGGCCUCGCCCCCCGCCCCAUUUCAGGGGGUCAGGCUGCGGGUGCAAGAGGGACCCUCCUCCCUCCCCUUUCAGCUCCAUGACACCUCUCGGAGCCGCCAGCGGAGCCACGGAGCCCCCCUGCCCCAGCUCGUCCCCCCGCGCCCCCACACCGAGGGGAGGGGACAGCCCCUUUUCCUGGGAUCGGAAGCCAUGACACAGUUCCUUAUCCAAAGCGGGCUCCUUCGUGCACUGCCUUCAGCCGGGUUCGAUGCUUUACCUCCGUCUCGGGUUUCGGCGGGAGCGGCGGGUCCCCAAGCCGCCCUGGGGACCCCUGUCCUGCCCUCCCGCCCAGCCCGGGCUGGAAGGGGCCCCUCGGGGGAAUGCAGAGCUCCACAGGGUCCCCUUCCAGCCGGGCUGAUCCGGGCGCCGGGGCUGCCCCGGGAGCUCCGUGCCCACCCCUGGGGAUAAAGGGUGGAGCGAACGCUGUUGUCCCCAUCGAGGGCAGGUGACAUUCCCCGGGCUGGUGGCAUUCCUUGGGACAGCCAGCCUGGCAGGAUCAGUGCCAGCAGCAGCAUCCCCGCGGAGCCCUGGGAUGCACACGCCAGACCCCUUCCCACUCCUCUCCCUGGGACCCCCAAAAACAGGGACAGACCCACCUGGGAGCCCCACAGCGGUGACAAGGGGGUCGGUGGUGGCUCUCCGUGGCAGACACCAGAUCAUCCUCAGUCUUCCUGCUCCCCCCGUGGCAACCUUGGCUCCCAGCAGCUCCCACAGCCCCAAUUUAGACGAUUUUGGACAAUCUGGAGAGAAGUCAUAAUACUGCUAUUACAGUAAUAACAACGCUUUUAGGGACAUUUGUAUUUUUGUCAUAUUCUCUCUUUUUUUAACAUAAAAGAAGAGACUUACAUGCCUGGGGAAGAGGUGGCAGGGCCAGGGCUGUGCCAAGCCGGGUGCCCCCCACGGCCCCUCGGGCACCCCGCUUUUCCAGGCUGGAUUCCUCGUCCGCGGUCGGGCUCCCCGGGGGUUUGUGUGUUCAUUUUUAACUCUAGAGCUCGUAGCCGUGAUCUUGUUCAGGUUCUCUCUUCUUCAUGUGACGGUAACAUCCAACUGGUGUGUAAAAUAAAGAAAAACAGGACAAAAAACAAAAAAAAAAAAGAUUAAAAAAAAUGAAAAAAAAAAGAUAAAAAAUCAAUAAAGAGCCCGGCCCCGCCCGGCCUGGCUGAGGAGCGGCUGGAGUGGGGGGUGCCCGGCUGGCGAUGCCAAGGAUGGGGCGCACGGGUCGGGGCGCCUCCUUUGAAGAAUCCUAUUUUUGGGGAGUGGGGCCCCUCGUUUUCUGGAGGCAGCCCCUGCUCUCAGUAAUAAAGGACAGUCAGUAACUGCCA